AUGGCAUUGAAGACUUCCUCUGCCAAUAACCAGGGUUUGACGCCCCCAGAUAGCCCAACUAAGGGGAUGGUCACCUCUAAAGCUAUCGUAAAGGAUCUGAAGCAUCUCUUUGGUGUGCUUCUUGAAAAGGUGCUCGAUCUUACCAAUCAAGAACCUCCAAACACUCCUGUCUCCCAGGACCAGUCCCACCACGCCCCGACAUGGAGAUGGUUCGGCAGGUGCUGGAGUGUGCCUCAGCUGAACUUUCAAUGGCAGAUAAGCCUGCUCAGUCUUCGUCUGCAAGCGAUAAACGAGAGAAGGUUCCUGGACCAGAUAGGUUUGAUCUCAAACAUCCCAUCUGUACAACACCAGAGGACUUCCAAUCGUUUGAAAAGUGGGCCCCCACACCCUAAUUCAAGACGGUCGUGGAAACACUGGAAUUCCGAGGAGGUGAGGCCGUAUAUAGACAUCAAAUCGGAAGGCCUGCGUGACAUUCUGCGUGUAGUACUGCACGAUGUCAAAGUCAUUAGUCUGAUAGAGGACAAGCCGUCGGUAAUUAAGACAGUCUUAUUUCUAACGAUAACGCUAACGUGGAUUUAG